AUGGCGCGUUCCAAAUUGAUCCGUGCUCCAACGACGGCUAGUCUGCCAAAUAAUCUUCGCAUCCCUCCAACAACACCGUCCCUCACCAAAGCCCUCGGUAAACAUUCGCGGCAAGCCCUCAUUGAGCUGGCUUUGACAUGGCUUGACGAUCAACAUCUUGCAUCUUUCCCACCGUACCUUCAAUCCGAUGCCCGCCAUGACAAAGACAACGAAGAGGCGCUUCCGUACCCCGCGGCCGAUACAGUCGAGGAUGCACGACAAGCAUACAUGGAUUUUCAGGAUCGCAAAGGUGCAAAGCGCGAAGUUUUGGAGCGAAUACUGGAGGGCGACUGGCGUCACGGUAUCACGUUACGCCAGCUCGCAAUGGCCGACUUGCGGUACCUGGAUGAUCAUCCCACCAGCCUGCGAUGGACAGCACUCGAAUUAAGCCGCAUUGAUACGCGACGGGGAAUCUCUAAUGAUGCGCCUAUGGCCGACUGGUCGGCCAGUAUUCCAAGAACUCAAGUGGCAACGUUUGUUAAAGCGCUCCAGCAAGAGAUCUCUCCUCUGGUCAAGGCGCAUUACCAUCUUUCGCGCUCUUCCACACUUCCACUCACGUUCCUCCGCAUCUUCGUUCUCGAUACACCCUACCAGACACCGAGACAAUCCUCGGAGAUCUUUGCCGACUCGUCAAGAAUCAUCUAUGUCGCGUUCCCUGAUAGCUGUCCAUACGUGUACACGUCCAUAUCCACAUCACCAGGCUCGAAAGCAAAUCCAUCAAGCAAUUCGGCUGGAACAGACUCGCGUAGUCUACUGCGCAUUGUUCGUGAUGCAGUUCCAAAGGCUUUAUCUCGGCCCCACGAACGAUACACAUUGAAAGCCACCGCGCUGGCGGCGAAAAAUUUGCCAACCUUGUUGGCAUUGCGCGGACCUGGGCGGACAACCGCGGCUAACGGAGCCUUUUGCAUCUUCGCCGAUGCAGCAGUUGAGGGCAGCCCUCUGGAUCCUCGUCCGUCAAAUACUGUUUCUGCAGAGGAAUACAUACGUGCAGACAGUGGUGUUUUCACGACUGACGAUAAGGAGAAUGUGGAUAUCGCGUCGGCAUCGAAAGCAAUGCCAAAACGAGAUGCCGAUCUCGCAACACCUCGCGAUCUGUCACCGCAAACCUCCAAGAAACGGCGGCUUGCCACCCUCUCACGAUUCGGGUGCGCAGAAAUCUCCUCAAAUCCCGCCCCUCUGGAUCGUCUUGAUGUUCGAUUGCUGGACGGUCCUUCAAACACAAAAAGAACUGACGACAAUGUUACCGAAAUUGCCGAUUCCGGCUCAGCGACUCUACCGACAGUCACGCUGACCUUUAAUGGAUCCGACGUUGUCGGAGGGUUGCGUAAACUAGCCGAAUUAGGCAUCAUCGAUCCAGAGCGAAUGCCGUCCUGGAUGACCGGCGAAGAAGCCGUUAGUACGGCUGUGGUCAAAGGAGGCAAACGUCUUCGGAAUCAUGUCUAG